AUGCAGGAUGUUAAUGAUGUACUUACAGCAAUAGAUCAUGUGAUUGAUAUGGGACUUACUAGCCCCUCCAAAGUAGCUGUGGUUGGUGGUUCCCAUGGUGGCUUUCUCACAACUCACUUAAUUGGCCAGGCACCAGAUAAGUUUGCUGCAGCAGGUACGAGGAAUCCUGCUUGUAACCUUGCAUCGAUGGUUAAAACACCAAUCAUUUUUGUUCUAGCUGCUCUGGAUCUUCGGGUUCCAUUAUCUAAUGGCUUGCAAUAUGCACGGUCAUUAAAAGAGAAAGGAGUUGAGGUCAAAGUCCUCAUGUUUCCCAAUGAUGUUCAUGCGAUUAGCAGACCCCAAUCUGACUUCGAAAGCUACCUUAACAUUGGAGUAUGGUUCAACAAGCAUUGUAAAUGA